AAUGGGUGUUGUGAACUCCUCCUAUAUCUAACUCCACAUUCCUCCUCUGUACCCUACUCUCCAAGUUUUGGAGCGAACACGUCUGACAGGGAGGAAAGAGCACAGAGGGAGGACGGCAGCUAAAAAUAAAUCAGACAAUCACUGAGGUGUAAAGACUCAAAGAGACAGAAGCUGAAGGGGCUGCCUGUACAGGAUACUAGACUCUUUCCUCAUCUCCAAGCAGUCAUGGUCUGCCUCCUCGUAUCCCUAACUGUGCUGCAUCUGGCCUCCUUGGCCAUGCUCCUCAUCGCCACCCUGGAGAAGUCCUGGUGGGUGUGGGCUGAUUCAGAAAUCACAGACCUCUGGUACAACUGCUUCCACGAUAACGCCACACAAACCUGGCUGUGUGCUGCCACCAACGAAAGCGACUGGCUGCAGUCCGUCCAGGCCCUCAUGGUCCUCUCUGUGGUUUUCUCCUCCAUCGCCUUCCUGGUUUUUCUGGGCCAGCUCUUCACCAUGUCCAAAGGAGGACUCUUCUACUUCACAGGCCUCUGUCAGGCCUUUGCAGGUUUCACAGACUUUUCCGCCUGCCUCAUCUUCACCUUUCACAGGAAGGAGAUCCUGGGUGACUCCAGAGAUCUAAGUAGAGGACGCUUCGGCUACUGCUUCAUCCUGGCGUGGUUGUGCGUCCCUCUGCUGCUGGUCAGCGCAGUCCUGUACGUCCACCUGCGCAAGAAGCAGUGAGCCAAAAAGCAGAAAGGAAAGAAAGAAAGAAAGCAAUGCUGUUUCCUCAUUUCAGUAACUUCCCAACAGUAAGAACACAUUAGGAGAUAAGAUGACAGAGAAUGAAAUUCCUCCUGUUUGAAAUUCCUGUUUUCUGUUUAACUCAAUAUCCGUCCUACCUGCAACAUAAUCUCAUCAUUCAAGAACACAUCAAGAAAGCUCACCUGUGAUGUUGUAAGAUACAAAGGUCUUACUAAGGAAUUUAACAUAGACAUAUCAGAUAAUAACUGCAUAACCUGUAUUUGUGUGAUUAUGAUUAUGGGGCUUAAAUGAGAUGUUUUGUACAAAUCUGUUUUUUUUUUUUUUACAUAUUAAAAACAAAAUUCACAAA